AUGGUCGAUCAAUUGACUCGCGAAACUGCAAGUCUCGAAAUUUCGUCGAAAAACGAGGAUUUGUCGAACAUUUCCAUAAUUCCCGAAUUGUCCGAAGAGGAACAACGACUUUUGGAUGAGGAGAUCAAGAAACGCUCGAAACCGAUUGAGGGAACGAUUGAGCCUGUUGAUUUUCCGCUUCAUGACAUUGUGAAAGGUGGGUGGAAAAAAGAAAAAAAAUGAUGUUUUGAAUAUGCGCGCAGGGCAAGUGCGCUCGAUCGCACACCGCGAAAAAACGUGGUUUGAAAAUUUCAUUUCAAAAAAUACUUUUUUUUUUUGCGGACUCAGACAAGUUGGGCGAUUAAUCGCUAAGCAACUUGAAUUAGCUGCUGGCUGGCCGAUUAAUCGCCUGUAUUAAUUUUGUUCAGACGAUUAAUCGUCAGCUCACUUUGCUUACCGAUUAAUCGCUCAAUUUGUCUGAGGAGUUUUGGGAAGAUUGUAGGUUUUCUGAGCAAUUUGAUGGUUUUUAAUAAGACUGGUAGUACUUAUUUAGCGCUGUAAAUACUUAAUGUAUUUAGUUAAAUUUCUAGGAAUUUCACCAAAAAAUUUAUUUUUAGCUGAAAAACGAUUUUUAUAUGAUUUUGAGUAGUUCUUCACCAAGAUUGCGUUAUUAUUUAGCUUUGCUUAACUCUGGAUAUGAGUUAUGACGGGAAAAACAGUGAAGAUACCUUUCACGGCGUUUCCGAGCUUUGCCACUUCAUAAUUCAUCAAAAAUUCAUACCAGCACAAAUUGCCAUCGUAAUCUUAAAACAGAUUUCAAUCGCGUGUUAGAAAAAAAAUUCAAGAACCUUCCGAUUCUCAAAAAAAUUUCACAAAUAUUUAAUUCAGAAAUCGGUUUGGACAAACCCGUGGAAGGUGUCGAUCUCGAAUUCUACGAAGAUCUCAAAACAAAAUCAGCCAAAGUGAUUUAUACAAAAUUGAAAAGUGUUCCUGAUGCAAUUGCUCGAAAAUAUCUUCCCGAUUUGGCACGUCGUUUUGUUGAAUUCGAAAGACGAGUGAAAAGAAUCGAAAGAAUGUUAUGGGCAUUGCCAAGAGAAGAUAAAAGUUUGGAAGAGGAUCGAUUCGAGAUUUUGACCGAAUUAUUGGAUAAAACUUGUCAAGGAAUGGAAAUUUGGGAGGAACAUUAUGUGAGUUUCGACAAAAUGUUACGUUAGCUCGGAAAACUCUGAAUUCCCAAAUUUUCAGGAGCGAAAAAUCCCGCUGGGUCAUCGUUGUAAUUUGGAAGGCGAAUUGAUUCAUCUCAUGGACACCAAAUUCGAUUUGAUCGAAAAAAUUUGCAAAGAAUUUGGAAAAUUGAAAGAUCAACGAGAUGAAGUUAAUAAUGAAAGAGAUGUGAGUUUUUCUUUAAAUGAAAACAUCUGAAAAUCUGGACAUUUUUGAUUUGGAACAGAUUUUGAUUGUAACAUUUUGAAAAAAUCGAGUUUUCAAUUAGGAAAAUUUUGAAACAGUAUUUUUUAUAAAAUAAAAUUCUACAGCAUCGGUUUGAAUGGAAUUAUUUUUUGAAAAAUCUCAUUUUUCAACCCAAAAUAGUUUUUUUUGAGAAAACAUUUUAUUUUUUUUCUUGAUCCGAUUCCCGAUUCGAUUCAACGCCGAAACAAAAAAGAAUUCCAAACAAAUACCAAAGUAAUUUUUUGCAGAUGCUUCGCUACGAAAUUCGCCAUUGUGAUAUGAUUUACACGGAAAUUCACGAGAAAUUCUUGAAAUCAUAUUUGGAAAUGGAUUGGUAG